CGCUUCAGUAGUGCGAGAGCAGCCAGUGCAUCAGGGAUACGGCGACACGCGUCUCUCUGCUGCGCGUAUUAGCGACAUCAAUACUGGAUACACAAUCAAGGAGUACUGGAAUAUAUAAACUUCUUGUGAUUUAUUUAAAAUAUUUAUUCAGAUUUUGGAGUUUUUGGAACGAAGACGACUGACUCAUUUGGAAUUUAAAUUUUUGGAAAGUAUGCCACAAACACCAACUUUUUCAGCUAUGUUCAACACCAGUGGGUACAAUCGGAACUUAUUCCAGACCAAGGAUGACAACUGUGGAGGCCUUUUCUACAACGAUAACAAUCUUGUCUCAGGAUCGUUGGAAGCUCUCAUUCAGCAUUUAGUUCCUAAUGUUGAUUAUUAUCCUGAUAGAACAUAUAUAUUCACAUUCUUGCUGAGCUCACGACUUUUCAUUCAUCCAUAUGAACUGAUGGCUAAAGUCUGCCAUUUAUGUAUUGAACAGCAGCGGUUAAGUGAACCAGGGGCUGAUAAGAACAGAAUUAGAAAGAUUGCCCCAAAAAUUCUGCAGUUGCUGACAGAGUGGACCGAAACUUUUCCCUAUGAUUUCAGAGAUGAGAGAAUGAUGAGAAGUCUGAAGGAGCUAAUGCACAGAUUGUCCAGUGUGGAAGAAAUAUACCGCAAAACAGUGCAUCAGCUGACACAGAAUCUAAUACGUAAGCUGGCCACUCUCAGUCAAUAUGAAGAAGUUCUAGCAAAGAUAAAUGCCAGUGUCACCGACAGGCUUACUGUACUGAAAACCAAACCCCAUUCUAUUCAAAGGGAUGUCUUGACAAUUUGCAGUGACCCAUAUACUCUAGCACAGCAGCUUACACACAUAGAGCUGGAGCGGUUGAGUUACAUUGGACCGGAAGAAUUUGUUCAAGCUUUUGUGCAAAAAGAUCCCUUGGACAAUGACAAGACAUGUUUUAAUGACCACAAGAAAACAAGCAAUCUUGAAGCAUACGUGGAAUGGUUCAACAGACUUAGCUACUUGGUAGCAACUGAAAUAUGCAUGCCCGUGAAGAAGAAGCACAGAGCUCGGGUUAUUGAGUUUUUCAUUGAUGUGGCCCGAGAGUGCUUUAAUAUUGGCAACUUCAACUCCUUAAUGGCAAUUAUAUCUGGCAUGAACAUGAGUCCUGUCUCUCGGCUCAAGAAAACCUGGGCCAAAGUGAAAACAGCCAAGUUUGAUAUUCUGGAACAUCAGAUGGAUCCCUCGAGUAAUUUCUACAACUAUAGAACAGCACUGCGUGGGGCCACACAGAGAUCUUUGACAGCUCACAGCAGCAGGGAAAAGAUUGUCAUUCCCUUCUUCAGCCUGUUAAUCAAGGAUAUUUAUUUUUUAAAUGAAGGCUGUGCAAAUCGACUUCCCAACGGACAUGUCAAUUUUGAGAAAUUUUGGGAGCUGGCUAAACAGGUCAGUGAAUUCAUGACAUGGAAGCUGGUUGAGUGUCCCUUUGAGAGAGACCGGAAAAUCCUGCAGUAUCUGCUGACAGCACCUGUCUUCAGUGAAGAUGCACUUUACUUAGCCUCUUAUGAAAGUGAGGGUCCUGAAAACCACAUUGAGAAAGACAGAUGGAAGACUCUAAGGUCUACUCUGCUUAGUAGAGUGUGAUCUAACAAAAAUACAAAUCCAAGAAAAUGGAGAAGUGUGUGACCAACUUUGUACAAACUGCUGCGUGAUGGGAUCAAGGAACAAUGUGGUUCAUCUUGAUGACGUGGAUAACUUACCAUCUGCCCUGUGCUGAAAAGCUAACUGCUGGCUAUUUUGCUCAACUGCAAAAGGCAGUUUGGUGAUGAUUGUGGCUCCUUUCCGUUUUGCUAACGCAAUGGUUUUGAUUUUUUUUUUUUUCAUUCUUUCAAAGUUUUUCCCUGGCUGGAGUUUACAGAAAUCUAUUUCUGUAUUUAUCAUCAAAUAGAAACACAUUGAGCCAUGAGCCCUAGAAGCUUCAAGAUGACCAUAUUCCCUUAGGAAACCUGAGACUGCAGGAGUGUUCAUCACGCCAAACAGUAUUACAGACCAGUGCUUUGUGGCUGCUACACUGUUCAACAAUGUUGUCAGACUUUUGACUUUUCUUUCUAUUUAAUUGCAAGUUUGCUGCUGGAUGGCCAACUCUGCAUUGCAUAUUUGUAAACUUUCUUCAAAGUGAACAGUGAUUGUAUUGGUGGAAGCACCGUGUGACUCGAGUAACUGGAACACAUUUGAAUUUAUUUGAACUAUUUUCAUUUUGUCUUUUCUUUUGUAUUUUUUACAUGUGAUUAAUGUUGAAACGUGUUAUGUUAAACCGUUAUGGAUUAAAAACAAUUUAUACCAAUUUGUAAUAUCAAAUUUAAAAAAAAAUAUGGAAAUAACAGUAACCACAAUAAUAUAUUAUACCCAAAUUACACAUUUAUAAAGUCACUAAUAUAAUUUAAAAGACUGUACAAUCUACACACGACACAAAAUUGUCUUUGAAAAGAGAACCCUACUGCGUAUACACAAACCUAAAAUAAAUCCAAGCACUUUGAGAAAUGACUCAUCAAAUACAUUCAGACGUCUUUCUUUUAAACACUAAACUCUCAAGCUUUGAGAAUUAUUAUAAAGUAAUAUAUAAAAGACGGAAUUCUUCUUUUAAUUUUGUAUAUAUCUAGUAUCAUUUUUCCCAGUUUCAUAAUUCAAAAAAUGUUAUGUCAUGAAGGAUUGAGCAUGAAUUCUCACAUUGGUGGGAAUUUCCUCAGCUUACUUUGCAGCCUUUGCCCUCACAGUCGUGAUCCGUGGCAGCUUUUCUGAAAUUAAUGGAUGGCUUUUUUGUAUUGUAUUUUUUUAGAAAGGGCCUGUUGCCCACAGAUGUACCGUGUGCUAAUAUAAACAUAGAUGAUUUUCUACAGUGUUUUUUUGGUUCUAAAAAUAUGGGUUUGUACUAAGUACAAAAUGUAAAUAUAGUUCAUAUUUUAUUUACCAGCAAAACCACACAAAUUCUAGAUGUGACAGUAAAUUGAUUUCCUGAAAAUACAUGCCAGGUGAUUCCAUUUUUUUUCUUUUUUGUUUCAACCUGGAAAAACACCAGCAUUUUGAUUUGAAACAAAACAAAAAAGGCAAAUUUUAAAAAGAUUGACGGUGUAAUUGUCAAAUUUUAUUAGGUUUAGCUUUUCAUUUUAUUUUUUUAAUGUCAUCAUUCAUGUUGUGGUACUUGAAACGAAGUCAGACUUCAUUAUUAACAUGUGACUUAAAGCUUAAGAAUUUUUUCUUGAGAAAAUGUCAUAAUAUAUUGUGUUUUCUGUGUAUAUACUUUCUUUGUUUUGUGCAUAGUGUUAUGCGUUUCAUUUGUCUGGACUGCUUAGAGGAAGCCUUUAUAAGCUAUGUAGAUGCAAGAAGAAUUUUUUUGUAAAUAAAAGAGUGAAAAAAUA